AUGCCAGCAAUCCGCCAUGCCUCAAAACGCAAAGCGCCCCCAAAUGGCUUCAGCGAUAUCGAAGAUGACCUCUUAAUCUUCAGCAACAAGAUGAAAGAUGCGGAAAACGCAGAAUCCAGCAACACCCCACGCCACCAGGCCCUCUGGCCCAUCUUCCAAAUCUCGCAUCAGCGGAGCAGAUAUGUGUACGAGCUGUACUACGAGAAGGAGGCUAUCAGCAAGGAACUGUAUGACUGGCUACUGAAGAAUGGAUAUGCGGAUGCGAUGUUGAUUGCUAAGUGGAAGAAGACUGGUUGUGCUGUCUACGAUGCGUCCAGACGAAGGAGACGAACUUUAACGCUACUUGCAUUUGCCGCGUUCCCAAAGCGCAGAUAA